AUUUUCUCACGCCUCCAGUCAUGAGUUGCAACUUGCGAGACGGUCAUGAAUGAUUCACAACUUGCGGCCCCACCAUCGGACUUGAUACGAAUAACAAGGCAGGGCAAAAUCAGAUACUGGGUCAAACAUGGAUUGGACUUUUUCCAGCAAAAUCCUGACAAGCCAUUCACGCUGCACACUUCCCCGGCCGAUGUUGCACAAUCUACGAUCCCCCGGUUGAUUUCAGUCGUAGAGAUCCUGAAGCGCGAAUAUCUGAAAACGUUGGAUGUUUUGCCAGGACAACUGACGGGGCUGCAUCAGUACAAUGAACUACAAUGGGAGCAACGUGGCGAGAUCGCUGCAGAAGGGGAAGAUCGAGUAAGUACCAUAGCAAGAGCUUUGGAAGGUAAAAAACACACUAAGCUCACGCUUGCGCCUUAUAUGAAAGUCACGCUGUGCAGGAAGGCUCUUCCAGGAAUGCAUGAGAGGAAAGAGGUGACGUACCAGACACCACAGACACGACGACUGUCCAAGACUACAAAGGCGAGAUUGAAGAAAAAAGCAAAGCAGCAGCAGAUGCCUUAGUUUGGGGGUUACUACUGGACAAAAAUAAAUUUCGACCUGAAUUGACCUGAUUGUGCCCAAGAUAUGACAGCUCAUGAUGAAUAACGAAACCUUAGCGCAAAUCACGGCUGUAUCCACUGGCAAGGACAAGUCAAGCACGUUUUUACGUAUCUUGAUCUUGGUUUCAUCUGCCACUGCAAGCAACUUGCCCGAGGCUUCC